AGCAUCGGCUGCACUGGUAGGGCCCCAAGAGGGCGGCCUCAUGACACACUCGGCUGCCUCCCCCAGGCUCCCCAAGGCUGGAAGAACAACCUAUAUCAGGGUGGGUGUGGUGUGUGGUUUGCACUCAGCCCUUCUCUUGGGGCUCCCUUGAGCUCCAUUCACACCAGAGAGAGCAGGAGAGAGAGGACAAGCAGAUCCAACAGCCUCGACUCCAGGGGAAUAAGGGCAUUGCCUCCUUUUGUGGAAGGACACGCCCUUCUGAUGGAGAAUGGGAACUCCCUUCCUCCUGCAGCAGCCUGCCUGCAGCGGUCCUGCUAGGACAGUGUGGAUGCUGUAGGCUGAUGCAACUGCUGUCGCCCCAGAAAGACAGCGCUCCACAGCCAAAGCAAAGAGCCUUGAAAGCGCCAUAACCAGCAGCUGCUGAACCAUGGCUGAAGGGGAAAUCACAACCUUCACAGCCUUGACCGAGAAGUUUAAUCUGCCCCCAGGGAAUUACAAGAAGCCCAAACUCCUCUACUGUAGCAACGGAGGCCACUUCCUGAGGAUCCUUCCAGAUGGUACAGUGGAUGGGACAAGGGACAGGAGCGACCAGCACAUUCAGCUGCAGCUCAGUGCGGAAAGCGUGGGGGAGGUGUAUAUAAAGAGCACCGAGACUGGCCAGUACUUGGCCAUGGACACCAACGGGCUUUUGUACGGCUCAACACCAAAUGAGGAAUGUUUGUUCCUGGAAAGGCUGGAGGAAAACCAUUACAACACCUACACGUCCAAGAAGCACGCAGAGAAGAACUGGUUCGUUGGUCUUAAGAAGAAUGGAAGCUGCAAACGUGGUCCUCGGACUCACUAUGGCCAGAAGGCAAUCUUGUUUCUCCCCCUGCCAGUCUCCUCUGAUUAAGGAAAUCUGUUCUGAGUGCUGACGGCUCCAGAGGAGCCUGAAGGGGUCCUCACCUGGUUGACCCCAGAUCGUUCCCUUGACCAUUGGCUGCACUAACCCCCGGCCCACAGAGCCUGAAUUUGUAAGCAAUGCGCUUCUAAAUGCCCAGUUCACUUCUUUGCUGAGCCCUUUACCGCAGCACAGUUUGGAACAGGGGUACCAAAUUGCUUCUAGGGGCCAACUGGCUGGCCAGUCUGGGUCUGGUUUGGAUGUCCAUUGCCUCUGGGCACCUGCUGCAGGCUGAGCCUCUCAAUGCAAAGGUGGGGCCAAAUGAAGUGUGUUCAGGGGGCUGCCAAGUGGGUUAUUAGUAACUGCAUACAGUUCCCUCUUCUGAGUAAACCCUGUCUGCGAUCCCCAAACAUCUGGCAUGACUCCCUUUUGUCCUUUCAAUACCCCACAAAUAUUAGCAGAGAAGCUUAUGGCUAGGUUAGAGGAAGGCAGCGUUCCAUCACUACAAACAGGGAUGAAGAAAUCCCCCCUCAAGAACAGAAGGGAUUAAAAUGGCCAGGGGAGAUAGGAUUUUGGUGGACAGCUUAGAGGAUGGAUCUCAAUGUGGAAUAAUUGAAGGAUGAGUGGCUCAGCAACAGGAAAGCAGAAUAAAUGCACAGCCCUGAGAGCCCUUACCAUGCCUUGACUUUCCCAAGGUUAUUUGGCAGAAGGAAGUCCCUGAAUAUAUCAGGUGGAGAGCAUGAGAAGAGGGUUCUUGAUAAAAGAAAGGAUGUUGGACGUUGGUCAAUUCAUUUGGGUCCAGGGAGUGGGUGUGGGAGUGAUGAGAAAGAGAGGCAAACUUGGGCUGAGGGGAAUCAUCCUCUAAGAGGAUGAUUCUAGAAGUGAGAAGGAAAGAGAAAGGGAUGCCAUGACUUGUGCUUGGCCACCAGAAAGCAGGGGCUUUGGGUUCCUCGGGCAGUGUUUACAGAUCAUACGGGGAUCUUGUCUGAGUGUAGAUUCUGGUUCAGUGGGUCUGGGGUGCAGUUUUUAUAUUUCUAACAAGCUCCCAGGUGCUGUAGAUGCU